AUGCAACUCCCACCUCCCGAAGUCCUGGCGACAUGGCCCACGCCAAAUUACGUCGACCCUGAGACGCGCGGGCAUGCCGUGAAUAUUGUGAAUAUCGUCCUCGUCAUUCUGGCAUUCAUUGUGACUGCCCUUCGCCUCUAUACACGUUUCAAGAUCACGUGUACCCCUGGUCUGGAUGACGCCCUGAUUGUCAUCGCUUUCGCUUUCGGAGUCGGCAUGUGUGUUGCUACGUCUCUGGCGACUGAGCGCUAUGGUGCGAAUCGACAUAUCUGGGAUGUACCCUUGCCUUGGAUUCCGAUUAUCACCAAGUACAACCUCGCUUUCCAGCUUACCUUUUCUCUCUCCUGCUCAAUCGUCAAGCUCUCGGUUCUGUGGUUUUGCAAGCGCCUUAUCGGAACUGGGAGUAAGGGACUGUACAAGCUGUACUAUAUUGUCCUGCUUAUCUCCUUGGUGUUUGUGGCCUUGUGCUGUAUCGUCUUCUUGUUGGUCAGCAUCUUCCAGUGCACGCCUAUCCAUGCAUUCUGGGACCUGGAGCCUAUGUACCCUUAUCACUGCGUCAACUAUGGCGCAGCUGUGUUCUCUGCGAGCACUGUCAAUAUUUUCACCGACUUCCUCUGCACCAUUCUUCCUAUGCCCUUGAUCUGGAAUCUGAAGCUACCUGCCCGGCAGCGGCUUGCUGUGAUCUCCAUCUUUGGUCUUGGUAUUUUUGUCAACGUUGCGGGUACCGUGCGCACGGUAUAUGUUUGGAAGAGUAUGAUGGAAUCAUACGACACUACUUGGAUGGGAUGGCCGAUCCUUCUUGCCGGAUCGAUUGAGAUUAAUCUGGCUAUGAUCUGCGCUUCUGCACCUGCACUUCGACCUCUCAUUGGUUUUAUUUUGCCUCAUCUGCUCCCGUCGGCUCGCGGCUACGGAUCUUCAUUUGGCAACAAGAGUCGGGAUCAGAAGCUGUGGUCCUCCACUGGACCGUCCAAGCCGUCCCGAGUAUCCAAGAUCGAAGAUCGUCAGUAUGGCUACGAAGGCGACACGAUGGUGGACCGGAUGGAGGUCUUGCGCACUGUCGAAAUGGAAACGUGGACGGAAAACAGAAGGCCCAGCCACGUCGGCAACGACUCCAGGGUCGUGUCGAAUCACACGCGCGUCGCGACGCCGACGCACCACAUCGCUCUCAAGAGCGACGGUGUGGUGUACACGUCACCGGGCAGCGAAGUCUCGUCCACUUCGCUCACUCGUGACUCGAAGGGCGAGCAGUCCUUCUAUGAACACAACAACCCGGUCUAG